CAGUAUCACUUAUUCUUCUUCAUUUAACAUCACAUUCCUCAUAUCUCAAUGAAGUGGAGACUAUUGGAGCUACCUACUGAAUGUAAGUACUGAUACAAGUGUUGCCAGUAAUGCAGUAUCUACAUGUUAAAUUAGCAUUCGGUUUUGGUUGUGUUGCCCUUUUCUGUGUGUGGUUUAUUUUUGCCACUAAGACCAAUACUGAAAAAGUGAUUGGCAAAAGGCAUUUCAAGAUAUGACAAGGAAUGAACAUGGUGUAUCAGCAAUCAGCAUCCUGCCAUUUUGUUGUGUGUUGAAUUUGUAACCUUAGAGAGAUGGUGAUAAAAAUCAGCUUAUCAGGAUGCCAUGGCUAGACUUGGCACUAUUCUCAUUAACUCUAAGUUUACACGUUCAUAAUAAUUGCUAUUUCCCAUUAAAAAUCUUUUAUAUGUUAUUUUUUUUGUUUUAUUUGCUCGCCCCAUACAGUGCACUGCCAUUUUCAUUCUGUUUGAGGUUCGGUGAGGUUGAUUAUGCUUUCUUAAGCUGCUUAGUGAACACUGAUGAACUCCAGGUUUACAUCUAUUCGUGGCUCUUUAUAUCUAAAACUCUUUGCUUGCUUACAAUGUCAGGUCAGAGCUUUAUUACAAAUCAGAUUGCUUGCUUUUAUGCCUGGGUUUGCAGUGUUUCAAUAGGCUGUUUUUGCGCCCAGCUGUUGGCUCCAUGGUGUAAGGAAUAUGAAUUGUGUGUUUGUAUUGACGUGACCGAGCUGUUGUCGGACAUGUUGGACAGCAGGCGACUCGACGCUGAUCGUGGGCGCCGAAAUUCUAGAUUGCAACGAAGAGCUAGGGUUUCGGGAUUAAAGCUGUAAGAAUGUGAAUCGUGUGUUUGUAUUGACACUGAGAAGGGGCAUUUAUACCCACAAUUGUACAGGUUCAUGUAGGACAAGGAAACUUACGUCAAUAUGAAUAAAGAUUUAUCCCUAAUACAUGGAACUUACCCUCUACUAUCCAUUUAUGUCUAUGGAUGCCAUACAUAUGAUUUUUGAUAGGUUCAUUUGACUGAUUUU